CGCUGUGAGUAAUGUAUCGGUAGAAUGUGCCCCAGCGUCGCCUCCGAUAUUUACGAAGACUAUCCGUAUGCCAGAGGCGAUCUCGGAUCAGCCGGAUGCCUUAGUGUGCCAUGCAGUGAAGUUAGACGACACUGAGCCCUCGUACAUAUUGCAGUACGAACCCCAUGCGUCCAAAGCUAUCACCCAUCACAUGAUGCUGUACGGCUGUGGAACGCCCGGUGACACGAAGCCUUUCUGGAACUGUGGCGAGAUGAACGACCACUCGGACCAAUCAGUGUGCAAGGACGGCAUGCGGGAAAUUGUCUACGCAUGGGCACUGGACGCUCCCGCCAAACGCCUGCCUAAAGACGUUGGUUUUCGUAUAGGAGGUAACACAAGCAUUCAAUACAUUGUGCUGCAGAUGCAUUACAAGGACAGGUUUAAAGUUGGACAGACGGACAACUCGGGAGUGACCCUACACAUGACCAAGGACCCUCAGCCAAUGCAAGCGGAUUUCUACGUUCUUGGUAACUGGGGACUCGUCCCUCCGAGAAUGAAUGAGUUUCACAUGGAGUCUGCAUGCAGAUGGGAUAGUGAAGAAGUCAUAUAUCCCUUUGCCUACCGAACGCAUGCGCAUAACCUAGGUGUCGUCACUUCCGCUUACCGCAUCAGACGCGGCGUGUGGACCGAGAUAGGACGCAUGUCACCACAGCAACCACAGAUGUUUUACAACGUGACAAAUCCUGGCAUUGACAUCCGUAAAGGUGACAUCCUGGCCUCGCGUUGCACUAUGAACAGUACGAGCCGGGAACAUAUAACAGAAAUAGGACCCACGAACCACGACGAGAUGUGCAACUUUUACAUUAUGUACGCCACUCAUCGGCAAGAUAAUCUAAAAGUGCAGUACUGCUUCCGGGAUGCGCAAAAAUUUGCCUGGGAGACGUACCUUGACGACAUUCCAAAGACAGCAAGUUCUUUAGAAGGCGUUCGUCUUCUCAUACCGGGAAAACCCGAAGAAAGACGGAAAUUACCGAAAAGCCUGACGCAGAAGGCACAGGGUAUUAUGAAGUAAUAAACAUGCUUCUUAUAUA